ACUUGGGCCUCCAGUUGAAAGCCCUUUAUCCAAAGAGUUUAAAUUAAACAAGAACACUAAUCAUUGACAAAGAUGUUCCCUCCUUUGGAAUUGCUGUCCUAAAAAGGUUGGUGCAAGAUUCAAGUUUCACCGAGUCCAGGCCCAGAACUAAAACAGGGGGGCAAAAGGGAAUAGCCCAGAUUGAUGUCAUGUCCUAGAUGAUCAGGAAAACUACCACAUCAAAGAGCUCCGUCUUCCAUCAGCGCUCGUCCCUGUGGCGCAACUGUACGAAUCACAGAGCCCUGAAGCAAAUCCAUGCUUGCUUGAUCGUCAAUGGCUUCAAUUCCGAUCGCUCUGCUCUUAGAGAACUCGUCUACGCGGCGGCGAUUGCUUUCCAGACCACCAUUGACUAUGCCCACCAAAUGUUUGUCAGAAUUAUCGAACCGGACCUGUUUAUGUGGAACACCAUGCUUAGAGGCUCAGCUCAGAGCUCCAGACCUCAGUUGGCCGUUUCGCUCUAUGCCCGGAUGGAAAAACUCUUCAUUCAACCUGAUCACUACACUUUUCCUUUCGUACUCAAGGCGUGUGCGAGGCUUUCCUGGGUUAACAUGGGCUGCGUGAUACAUGGGAAGCUAGCGAAACAUGGGUUUGAGUGGAAUAAGUUUGCGAGGAAUGCCCUGAUCUACUUUCACGCGAAUUGUGGCGAAAUAAAGAUUGCGAGCUUGUUGUUUGAUGGCUCCGCGAGGAAAGAUGUUGUCGCUUGGUCUGCUUUGACGGCGGGAUAUGCAAGGAGGGGGGAAUUGCACAUGGCGAGGUGGUUGUUUGAUGCAAUGCCGGUGAAGGAUUUGGUUUCUUGGAAUGUUAUGAUCACGGUGUACAUAAAGCAAGGCGAGAUGGAGUGUGCAAUGGAGUUGUUUAAUUUGGUUCCUAAAAGAGAUGUUGUGACUUGGAAUGCAAUGAUUUCCGGUUAUGUGCUCAAGGGAGAGCAUCGAAAGGCGCUGGAGAUGUACGAGGAGAUGAGAAAUGCAGGGGAAUGUCCUGAUGAAGUAACAAUGUUGAGCCUUUUGUCAGCGUGUGCAAACUUAGGAGCUUUAGAUACUGGAGAGAAGAUUCAUUGCUCCAUCUCGGAGAUGGGCGAGGGAGUGUUGAGCAUUUUUCUUGGGAAUGCACUUAUUGACAUGUAUGCGAAAUGCGGCAACAUAAAGAAGGCACUCGCUGUAUUUCAUUGCAUGAUAGAGAAGGACGCUACAUCAUGGAACUCUAUAAUUGUGGGAUUGGCUUUUAGUGGUUACAUGGAAAAGGCCAUUUCUCUUUUUGAAGAUAUGAGGAAAAGGAAGUUGAGGCCUGACGAGAUAACUUUUGUUGGGGUAUUGAUUGCUUGUAGUCAUGCUGGGAAAGUCGAUGAGGGCCGUGCUUACUUCAACUUGAUGAAAGAUGUAUAUAACAUUCAGCCAAAUCUAAAGCAUUAUGGAUGCAUGGUAGAUUUGUUUGGGCGGGCUGGGCUUCUGAAUGAAGCAUUUGAGUUCAUUGACACAAUGGAGUUUGAACCCAAUGCCAUUAUUUGGAGAACAAUCCUUGGAGCCUGUCGAAUCCAUUGUAAUGUUGAGCUGGGGAGACGUGCUAAUGAACAGCUGCUCAAAUUGAGACGGGAUGAAAGUGGUGACUAUGUGCUACUGUCGAACAUAUAUGCUUCAAGUGGUGAGUGGUGUGGAGUUGAAGAUGUAAGGAAAUUGAUGGAAGAAAGAGGGGUGAAGAAAGCACAGGGGUUCAGCUUGGUUGAUGAAGAAAAUGAUGAACUCGUCCGCUUUUUGCUUAGUUCAAAACCUCAAACAAAAGCAACAGAAUGUAUACUUUGAUUUUGAAAACUGAGAUUUGCUCUCCUUACCCUUCAUAAAUUACGGAUACAGCGAACCGUCCAAUAUGUAAAACCAGUUUAUCUUUUCA